GGCCGGGGAACCGGGAACUGGGAACCGGCCCCGGGCCCCGGCACCGCCGGAGGGGGCUGCGGGGUCCCCGUGACAGCCUGAGCGGGAGCCCCGGGCUCGCCGGCACCAAGCGGGACGGCCUCGAGGUUCCUGCCGGCCUGAAGAGCCGCUCCGCCAGCCUCGAGCGUACCGGCCGCAGGGCCCGGGUGUUCCCCGUGCGGUGCCAGCCCCUGGUUUGCUUCCAGCCGCUGCGAGAGGUUCCAGGCCUCUGCCCUUACCGCAGAAGGGCAGCGCUGGGCAGGCUGACUGCCUUAAACCCUCCCCGUCCUGACUGUUACUGCAGGGUGCGUACUUCGGGGAGGCAGCGCUGGGUGCUAACACCAUCAGCUCAGGAUGGAGGUGCGCGGCCCUCGGAGGAACCCCAGCUACCUCUCCGAUCUCUACCAGAACAUGCUGUGGGUUGAGGGAGCACCGGGACGAGGGCAGCAGCAGCCCCAGGCAGCGCGCACCAGCAGCAGCAGGUGUGUGCUGAGCAGCACCCUGUCCAAGGGGGGACCUCAGACAAACCAGCUUCAGAGCAGCGCUUCCAGCAGCUGCGAUCCAGCGUUACGGCCCAUCAUACGCCGCCGAGCGAGAUCUUUGCCUACAACGCCUGAAAGGAGGAAGCGAGCAGCGGUGCAAUGCCAAGUUCCCAGGUGCCAGAGCCGUAUGAACAGGGUGAGGUUUGCUGAUGCUCUGGGCUUAGAGCUCACCGAAGUGAAAGUCUUCCAGACUGGGGAGGAUCCAUCCAUCCCCUUGCAUGUCCUUUCCAGGCUGUCCAUAAACUCAGACCUCUGGUACAGCAGCUCGGACUUGGAGUUUACCAUGCAGUGCUUAGUCCCUGACUUCCAGCAGCCUGCAGACUGCAUGGAUUUCUCCACCCGACUUCAGGAGCAGCAGGUGUGUCUUGAGCGAGUGACCAGUUCAGAUCUGGGGCUCAGUGGCACCAUCCAAGUUCGCAAUGUUGCUUUUGAGAAGCAGGUGUCUGUGCGGUACACCUUCAACCAGUGGAAGAGUCUCCAUGAAGUGGCUGCUCAUUGGCACAGUAGCAUCCCUGAGAAAAGUGGGCAGGGUCAGGUUGAUGUUUUCACAUUCUUUCUCCCCGUGCCUCCUUUCCUCCUCCAGCUGUCUUCAGUAGUCCAGUUUGCAGCAAGGUACCAAGUCAAUGGACAGGAGUAUUGGGAUAACAACAGGGGCAAAAACUACAGUCUGACUUGCCGGACUCACCCCCUCAAGAUGCCUAGAGAAUGCGAGGAGAGCUGGAUCCACUUCAUCUGAGUGAGAGGAAGUGGCUGCAGAGCAGCCUUGCGAGUUUUGGUGGCCCUUUCUGUGCUCCUAUGGCAACAGUCCCCUCUUUGAAACCUACUAAACGUGGCAGUGUUUCAGGACAGGCAGGUAGCCAACAACCUGUACAAACUGUUCUAAACCUCUCAGAGAGUAUAAAGGGCUAAAGUGUUACAUCUGCUGAAAGCUCGUAUGAUCUCUUGUGUGUGAACCAGUGCAGAAUGGUUCAAAGGGAUGCUGUCAGGAUAUUUAGCAGAGAUCAAAACAAGACAGUUUAUGUUGCUAGUCAUAUUCUAGAUUGCAUAGAAUAUUUCUAACAGAUCUGUUUUACUAUUUUAUACUGUCUUUUUUUAAGUGGACAGUGUGGCUUUACUAAGUUUUUGUUUCUAAUUUUGUUUGUAUUAUCUCACCAAGUUUGGUCAUUGUUCCAGUUAUGCAUAAUUUGCAUGGCAGACACUGUAGGGAAGUACUUGUAUUUAUAUACUUUAUUUUUAAUUAAGACUGUUAACCAUGUUAAAUAAUUCCAUUAGUUUUGGGGUUGAGAAUUAACAAAACAUUGUUAUGAGCAAAACCUACAGGAAAAUGUCCAAUCAGCCCCUUUCCUUUUUUUUAAUUUUUUUUCAGAUUUUUUUUUUGAAAAAAAAAGUGCCUUUUCUUAUCUCCACUGUUGACUGUAGGCAGCAGGAGUAAUUGUUACCGGAGUGUAUGAAGGCAGGUCUUCAUGGGGAAGUUCUCAUCUUUUCCACAUGACAUACCAGUAGGCUUCUCCUCCAGGUGGUGGUACAGGAAUUGUCCUUUCCUUGUGCAACUGUUCUUACUAAGGGAAACUAGAGGAAUUUUGCACUCGUGUUACAAUUACACUUCAAGAUCUCAAAGCACUGUAAGAAUGCUAUUGAUCUUAUACUCUUACUUGAAACAGGUAACUAUAAAUGAAGCAAAUAUGAGAGACGAAAGAAAAGCUAAUACAUGGAUCUGUAAGCAGCUCAUUGGAACGGUGUGAUAGAAUCCCGGCCGGUUGUUCCCCAGCAUCCCAAUGUCAUUGCAGCAGUACUUUUUGAACGCUCGUAUCAGCUACUUCUGGUUAUAAACCAGCUGAACUCCAAGACUGCGUUCCUUGCAACACCAAGCAGGAACUUCAAAGUAAAGUGAUGUUUUUACUUAUCAGUAAAAAUGGUAUUUACAUGUGUUCACAGAUUCCCUUCUAUAGGAGGGAAAGCACAGCAACACUCAUGUACCAUCUACCCAAUCGAUGCUUCCUACUUUGCUACUUUUACUGUGAGGAACUAGUGUGGCUUCAGAUUGGCAACAGGCUUGGUGACAGGCAUAAUCUAGUAAGUAAAGGAUUUCCCAUUGCUUUUUUGCCUACGUAUGCAGCACUUCAUGUAAAGUUUAUAUAUAUAGCCUAAAUUUUCAAAACUGCCUGGCUGGAAGUAUUAUAAGAGCCGCUUUUCAGACGAGCUAUACUAUGAAAAUCACGCUGUGUAUUCAGGCAUCUUAUUUUAGAUUGCUGCUUAUUCAUCAAAAUCACAAGUUAUUUUUAAAAUCACAGAUGUAAUCAGCACACAGCCAAGUAUAUAUCAGUCUAGAAUGUCCACUGAGUAAUUCUGGAAGUGUAGAAUCCCCAAGGAAACUUUUGUGUCUGGCAGCUUCAUGUUGUUACUUCGUUGUGCUAUCUAUUUAGCAAAACCAGGAUUUGAAGUGAACAAGCUGCCCAGUUCCAUUAGUCUUUGGCUUUCAAAGGAGCCAGUCGUGAAUGAUGGUUCUAUAAGCUGCUGAGGAGCAAUUUCAGAGUACUGGGAAAACUCAAUCCUGUUGGAAACCAUUAAGAACUGACUGUGUUGGAAUGCUGUAGGAUGGAACUAACCCUAUGCAAAUUAAUUUGAACUUAGGCAUUUUGCAUUUUGUUCUUUGUUUUGAAUUGCAUAUUUAUAGUUUGUUCCAUACCAGCAGUCCAAUGCGUACAGCUCUGAAACUGAUUUCAAAGCAAAACUGUUGAAUUAGAGGUUACUUUCUGUGUUUUAGGGUAUUUAGUCAGCCUUCUAGGGUGAUUAAAUGUGCUUCGUUGGCUGUUGUCUCAGUAGGUAAGAGACAUGUUUUAAAAAAAAACUGAUAGAAUUUGCAAAUCAUGCUUGUUUUCAUUCUCUAAUUUGGUAAUUUCUGGUAGUAAUUGCUGUUACUGGAGUGGCAGAUUACAUGCUAUUUUGAUUUCUAAACUAAGUAAGUGAAAUGUCUACAGGUUACGCAUUUGAUUUAUAUAGCUUACAUAGGUAUUCAAUAUAACAGCAGAAAUACAAGAUGUACUUUGAACGUCUCGUUUUCAGCAGUACUAGGCACUUGUCAGUACUUGAAUUCAGUUGGGGUUGCAAGGGCUUUCCCCUGAGAGUCAAGUUCUAAUUAUUGCUCUUACAGUAAGUGUCCCUACUUUCACUAACGAUGGGUUUUUAACUUGUAUCUAUAAUGGUCAAUUACCAGUGGUUAUCUGUGGGUAGGGAACAGUAAAAAUCAUCAUUUCUUUAUUAACAUUUUGCAUAAAAGAACUUUCAUUUUCCUUUUAAGAGAAAAUGAAUGCCAGUGGUUCUUUAAUUUUGUAUUGGAGCACUGAGAGGUCAAAAGCUUAAGUUGAAAUUCAUUUGAACAAUCAACACAACUACUCCACUGGGUAUUUCAUAUCCAUUAAGGCAGGCAGAACGCUUCUGAGAUCAGGGUGAGGCUGUACAAUGAUUGCCAGCUACGCAGAUUGAAAGAGUACUGCGUGCUUUCAGUCCAUCUGCGUUAUUUUCUGCAUCUGAGUUAGAGGAGUGACCAUUAAUCUGGCAGCAACUCUUGUGUCGUAGAGAAUCAAUACAGGGAACUCUGAGGAACUCUGGUCUUCCUCAUAUGCCACAAAAAAAAAUGAGAGCUCUGUGAGAAGGGGCACUAUUUGGUGCCUCCUGUGGUGGGCUUCGCAUGACUGAAUGACGUACGGCAACACAGGACAUAACACAUCUGAACUAGUCAGCCCAGGCUUUCUGUAUAGUCAGUUGGGAUGUUGUCUGUAGAGUUAGCAGAGUACCUGUGGUGUGCCAAACUGCAUCAGCUCUGCUGAGCGCACAGAGAACACCGCGGGAUGAGUCCUGCCACAUGUAAUUCUCAGUGUUCGUGCAGAUAGUGCCAAACGAUGCUAACUGGAGUCUGCAGGUGUCAGGUGAGGUGAAACUCCUGCAGUGACUGCAGAGGAAUCUUUCUUGGCAUGACCUGAAAUUCUUAUCCUUACUUUGGUGAAACUUGCUUACUUAAGUAAUUCCAUUCAAGUUUAUUGAGUACUGCUACAGGCCAUAGAAAUGGAGUUUUUACAUGUUUGUCAGCUAAGAAGAAAACAAACACACAGGCACAUGCACACACAGGUACACACAGAAGCAUAUGUGCUGAAUAAAAGGCACUAUUUAAAGUAUUACUCCCCUUUCCCUGCCCUGCCUCCACUCCCACCCCCACCUCCCAAUUAUUGUAUUUCUCCCAUUAGUAAUAAAACUGAAUUCUCUCCCAGCACACAGUUAAAUUUCUUCUCUGCUGAGCCUGCUAUUUAGCAGCAGUUUACAAUGGAUGUUAGUGAAGCCCAGUGUGACGCUCGGCUUACUGGUAUUAAUAUGCUGUUGCCAUCUUCUGGGAGAGAAUCUUUCAUGCUAGCAAACGUCAAAAUCUUGGUGUUAUUGCAAGCAGGGGGAGAUUAUGUAAAGCUGAGACUGUCAGUUUAAAGGUUAAAGUCAUGUACACCAGUGUCAGGGAAGUGAGAACUGAAUGUCUCAGCAAAGUGAAUUUGGCUUGUAUUGUCUUCCGUCUGCAACCUCUCAUGGUAUUUGCAAGUGCAAAUUUUGAAUAUUAAAGUAUUGUUCCAAGUGUUUUUUUUAACUCUUUGCAUGUCUUGCACUGCUGGAGAAGAGCUGACAGCAGCUGUUACUAACCCAGUUGUCUGUCAUUACUGGAUGAGUUGAGCAAGCCUACCUUCUAAUGGAACUGAACGUGAUCUCGGGAUUAAUUCAAUAUAUGAAAAACAUUUUUCUGUAGGGAGCUUCUAAGCUGCUAAAUAUUCACUCAUGUGUACUGAGUCCUGCUACAUGACAUGAAAUUUGCACUCAUUUUUUCCUGUCACAUUCAGUAGUGAACAUCAAAAGAAGUCUAGUUGACAAAAAAAAAAAAAAUUAAGCCAUUAAAUAGUGGUAAUAUACACCUACAAUGAAAGCAAACUUUUGAACUUUCAUAAGUUCUCAGGAUGACUUGACUGCUUGCACUGUGUUCAAACUGAGCACUUCCCUUAUCAUGAGGAUUUUGUUAAAGUGAAUUCUUCACUAGAGUUAUUGUCAUGUAAUGCACUUUCAAAAACCUGUAUUUAUUAUAGUCAUACAAUAAAUGAAUGUCCAGAAGUCCACAGUUUCAAGGUUCUUUCAAGCAUGUUUUGUUUUUGUUUUUUAAAACCAAACAUGGAAUUUAUGUAAAUGAAAUGGGGUUGUUUUUCCUGAUUGUCUUGUCUGGAAAAAAGUACAUUACACAGUAUGUCAAUAAAGUAUAUAAGUUAGACAAAAGGUCAUUUUUUUUUAGUGGAGAGUUGUACAAUUGUAAAGUGCUUUAUUCAUAUAAAAAACAGUAAUAAAACUAUGGCUAUUUUAAUACAAGAGAUUGUAAUAAAAGCUUUUCACAGUUUAUGUUGUUUUUCAGUGGUACUCUUUUUAACAGUUCUUUGGACAACGUAGAGCUGAGUUGUUGCUUACAAAGCAACAUACUCAGUUUAGGAAAAUAAGGUGGGUUCAAGAAUUGCUAAAAAUGAAAAAUAUUUAAAAAAAAUACAGUGAUUAGUCUAUAUAGCUUGAAAAAUGACCAUGCUGCCACUUCUCACAUGGAAUUUGCUGCCAUUUAACCUCAGAUCUGUGCAUACGGCGCUUGCAGGCUUAAGACCUAAUGUUGGAAAAAGGCACACUGCCAGUUAUUCUGAUAAGUUUCUAAUAUGGAAAAGAAGUCUCAAGGAAAAGAAGAGAGGGGCAUUUUCUUCUAAUAGCAUUUCCCGAAUUGAACUAGACUCCUCUUAACCGGUUCUGUGCCUCAGAGUUGUGUUAUUCUUUCUUCCAUUUCUUCUUCCAAUUUUCCUUGCUACACUUCUCAGCUCAAAUGAUGUUCUUUUCACUCACUAGCUUCUUGAAAAUAUAUAUACAUAGAGUCUUUAUAUCUUUACAGCAACUGAUUUAUCUUCUACAUGAAAGCAUUGUCCUCAGUGCCAAGCAUUUAUUUGAUAAAGUCUGAAUUACCUGUUGCCAAGUUAGUUCUAAAGCAAAACACAGGCAUUUAAUUAGAAGACAUAAACACAUGUAUUACCAGUUACUUUUUAAUCAGCAUUAAUAACUUUAACAUUGCAUUGCCAAAGUUGCUUGGGGGAAGACAUUAUUGCAAAUCAUAUUAAAUACAUGGAAAUGCUUAUGUUGUUAAAGAAUUUCAAUGUCAUUUUUUAUUAUAUAGAGAUUGUGUUAUAAAUAAUGCGUACAAAUACAUAAAGAAGGGUGC